CCAGAAUGCAAAGUGAGACGCUGGGACUUGAACAGUCCUAAAGACGUUUGUGUGGUCGUCAUCAUGGAGAUAAAGCAUACAUCUUGUCGUUGAGUACCGGCGUGCUAAACAAAGGAUUUUUUUUUCUUCUUCUUCAUCGCUUCAUGAAAACACGCCGAGUGUCGUUCAGAGCAGAUACCUGCCGGAGCUUUCGCCCAGAUUGGAGGAAAGACGUACCGUCAUGGCAGCGUCGGAGCUGUACACAAAGUCUGCUCGGGUGUGGAUCCCUGAUGCUGAGGAGGUGUGGAAAUCUGCCGAGCUGACAAAGGACUACAAAAAUGGAGACMCCUCCCUGCAGCUCAUGUCGGAGGAUGGAACGAACAUCGACCACAAGCUGGACCCCAAGACGAAGAACCUGCCUCACCUGCGAAACCCUGACAUCCUGGUGGGCGAGAAUGACCUCACAGCCCUUAGCUACCUCCAUGAACCAGCCGUGCUCCACAACCUCAAAGUCCGCUUUAUCGAUUCAAAACUUAUCUACACCUACUGCGGAAUUGUUCUUGUGGCGAUCAACCCAUAUGAGACACUGCCGAUCUACGGGACAGAGAUCAUCAAUGCCUACAGUGGCCAGAACAUGGGAGACAUGGACCCACAUAUCUUUGCGGUGGCAGAGGAGGCUUAUAAACAGAUGGCAAGGGAUGAGAGAAACCAGUCGAUUAUUGUGAGCGGGGAGUCCGGAGCAGGAAAGACGGUAUCAGCCAAAUAUGCAAUGAGAUAUUUUGCUACAGUCAGUGGCUCUGCCAGUGAGGCCAACGUAGAGGAGAAAGUUUUGGCUUCUAACCCCAUCAUGGAGGCCAUUGGAAAUGCWAAGACCACCCGAAAUGACAACAGUAGUCGUUUCGGAAAGUACAUCGAGAUCGGCUUUGACAAUCGAUAUCGUAUCAUUGGAGCCAAUAUGAGAACAUAUCUGCUGGAGAAAUCACGAGUGGUGUUUCAGGCGGACGAGGAGAGAAACUAUCACAUCUUCUAUCAGCUCUGUGCGUCAGCUAAACUGCCCGAGUUCAAGACUCUGCAGCUUAGCAACGCAAACGACUUCCUGUACACCAGGCAGGGUCGCAAUCCUGUUAUCGAUGGCGUGGAUGACUCCAAGGAGCUUUGCACAACUCGACACGCCUUCACACUGCUGGGUAUUAACGAGUCCUACCAGAUGGGGCUGUUCCAGGUUUUGGCUGCUAUUCUUCAUCUGGGAAAUGUGGAGAUAAAAGAAAAGGACUCAGACAGCAGUCUUAUUGCUCCCAACAAUCGCCACCUGACAAUGUUCUGUGAGCUGGUGGGUGUGACCUACAAGGACAUGUCCCAGUGGCUGUGCCACAGGAAGCUGAAGACGGCCACAGAGACGUACAUCAAGCCCCUUUCCCGCCUUCAGGCCACCAACGCUCGAGACGCCUUGUCCAAACAUAUCUACGCCAAGCUCUUCAACUGGAUUGUGGAGCACGUCAACAAGGCUCUGGUCACCAGUGUUAAGCAGCACUCCUUCAUUGGCGUGCUCGACAUCUACGGGUUUGAAACAUUUGAAAUCAACAGCUUUGAACAGUUUUGUAUAAACUACGCAAAUGAAAAACUCCAACAACAAUUCAACAUGCAUGUGUUUAAACUGGAGCAGGAGGAAUACAUGAAGGAACAGAUCCCCUGGACUCUGAUAGAUUUCUAUGACAAUCAGCCCUGCAUCAACCUCAUAGAAGCCAAGAUGGGCGUCCUGGACCUGCUGGAUGAGGAGUGCAAGAUGCCAAAAGGUUCAGAUGAUUCAUGGGCUCAGAAACUGUACAACACCCACCUGAAGACUUGUUCCCUCUUUGAGAAGCCACGCAUGUCCAACCGCGCCUUCAUCAUACAACAUUUUGCAGACAAGGUAGAGUACCAGUGUGAGGGUUUCCUGGAGAAGAACAAGGACACGGUAAARGAAGAACAGAUCAAUGUGAUGAAAGCCAGCAAGAAGUUCCACCUGCUGGUCGAGCUGUUUCAAGACGAGGAGAAGGCGACCAGUCCAACGGGUCAGGUUCCUGGUACCGGAGGUCGAACCCGGCUCAGCAUCAAACCAGACAAGAGCAGGGAGACGAGCAGCAAGGAGCACAAGAAGACAGUCGGCUGUCAGUUUCGAAACUCUUUACAAAUGCUGAUGGAGACUCUGAAUGCAACCACUCCUCACUACGUCCGCUGCAUCAAACCCAARGACUUCAAGUUGGCCUUCUCGUUUGAUCCCAAGCGAGCAGUCCAACAGCUCAGAGCGUGCGGCGUGCUGGAAACCAUCCGCAUCUCAGCCGCAGGCUUCCCAUCCAGGUGGACGUACCAGGAGUUCUUCAGCCGUUACAGAGUACUGAUGAAGCAGAAAGAUGUGCUUCCCGACAAGAAGCUGACCUGCAAACACGUUCUGGAGAGAUUAGUUGACGACCAUGACAAAUAUCAGUUUGGUAAGACUAAAAUCUUCUUCAGGGCUGGCCAGGUGGCUUACCUGGAGAAGCUGCGAGCAGACAAGCUGCGCGCCGCGUGCAUCCGCAUCCAGAAAACCAUCCGCUGCUGGCUGGCUCGCAAGAAGUACCUGCGCAAACGCAGCGCUGCCAUCACCAUCCAGAGGUUCACCAGAGGUUACCAGGCCCGCUGCCUUGCUAAGUUCAUGCGUCGCACUCAGGCAGCCACCGUCAUCCAGAAGUACCAGAGGAUGUACGUGGAGAAGAAACGCUACAGYCAGAAGCAGGCCGCUGCUCUGGCCAUGCAGACAAUUCUCAGAGCAUACAUGGCUCGGCAAAAAUACCAGGCGCUGCUGCGGGAGCACAAGGCUGUUAUCAUUCAGAAGCACAUCCGUGGCUGGCUGGCUCGGUGCUGGUACAAGCGCUGCCUGGAGGCCAUUGUUUACCUGCAGUGCUGCAUUCGCAGGAUGAGAGCUAAGAGGGAACUGAAGAAGCUGAAGAUCGAGGCUCGCUCAGUUGAGCACUUCAAGAAGCUCAACAAAGGAAUGGAGAACAAGAUCAUGCAGCUGCAGAGGAAGAUCGAUGAGCAGAACAAGGACCACAAGUUGAUCAACGAGAAGCUCAUCAGUCUGGAGAGUUCCUACGCCGUGGAGGGAGAGCGGAUGCGCAGCGAGCUGAGCCGGCUGCGCGGGGCGGAGGAAGACGCCCGAAACAAAACCAACCAGGUGUCGUCCUUGCUGGAGGAGCUGGAGAAACUGAGGAAGGAGCUGAGCGUCACACAGCAGGAGAAGAAGACCAUCGAGGACUGGGCGCAAACGUACAGGAGCGAAAUGGAAAAYAUGGUGUCCGAGCUGACGGACCAGAACGGUUUGCUGAAGAAAGAGAAGGACGACUUGAACAGGUUGAUUCAGGAGCAGAGUCAGCAGAUGACCGAGAAAAUGACUCGCGCCAUUGCAGAAGAGACUCGUCAGCUGCAGACGGAUCUGAACGAGGAGCGCUCRCGUUACCAGAACCUGCUGUCAGAACAUCUGCGCCUGGAGGAGAAAUAUGACGACCUGAAGGAGGAGAUGGUUCACUACUCGAACAUCUCCAAACCUGGCCACAGGAGGACAGAUUCCACCCACAGCAGCAACGAAUCUGAGUACACCGAACCGGACGAAGGCUCCCGCACCGGAGACGAUGUGACGCGAGGAAUGGAAACUUCACUGACUCUGAAGCUGCAGAAACGUGUCACAGAGUUGGAGCAGGAGAAGCAGUCACUGCGAGACGAACUGGAAAACAAAGAGGAUCAGUUCCAGAGGGCUAGAGCCAGGGAUGAUGCUCAGUUCAGAAAGGCUCGUGGAGCUGAGCUGGAGUACGAGUCCCUGAAGCGCCAGGAGCUCGAGUCGGAGAACAAGAAGCUGAGACACGACCUGGCAGAGAUGAGGCGCAGUUUGCUCGGCGCCGCCGCCACCAACACCGGAGCCCCGGGCUCUCCGGCUUACAAGGUGCUUCUGGACCAGCUCAACGCUUCCUGUGAGGAACUGGAGGUCCGCAAGGAAGAGGUGCUGAUCCUGCGCUCACAGCUGGUCAGCCAGAAGGAGGCGGUGCACCACAAGGAUGAGAAGGAGACGAUGACGGAGCCUUCGGUGUUCGCAGAAGACGUGAACAAGCUGAAAGACGCCGAUGAGCUAAAACAAGCUUACAUCGGCCUCAAAGACACCAGCAGGUUGCUGGAGCACCAGCUUCAGACUCAGAGGAGAACUUAUGAAAACGAGGUGGAGUCGCUGCGAGGUGAGCUGCAGAACGUCAAGGAGGAGAACAACCGGCAGCAGCAGCUACUGGCCCAGAACCUGCAGCUGCCUCCGGAGGCCCGGAUCGAAGCCAGUCUGCAGCACGAGAUCACCCGGCUCACCAACGAGAACCUGGAACUCAUGACCAGCGACCCCGCAGCAUCCCGAGAGGCUCGAGUCAUCAUUUUACGACGGAUGGUUGACCUGAUGGAGCAGCUGGAGAAGCAGGACAGGACCAUCCGUAAGCUGAAGAAGCAGCUUAAAGUUUAUUCCAAGAGGAUUGGUGAGAUGGGAGCGGGUCAGACUGAGGGACAGACGUCCCCAGGACAGAUGGUGGAGGAGCCCAUCCACCCUGUGAACAUCCCCCGCAGGGAGAAGGACUUCCAGGGAAUGCUGGAGUACAAGAAGGAGGAUGAAAUGAAACUGGUUAAGAACCUCAUCCUGGAGCUGAAGCCUCGAGGUGUCGCCGUGAAUCUGAUCCCAGGUCUUCCAGCCUACAUCCUGUUCAUGUGUCUGAGACACGCAGACUAUCUGAACGAUGACCAGAAGGUCCGCACUCUGCUCACAUCCACCAUCAACAGCAUCAAGAAGAUCCUGAAGAAACGAGGCGAUGACUUUGAGACGGUCUCAUUCUGGCUGGCGAACACCUGCCGCUUCCUGCACUGUCUGAAACAAUACAGUGGAGACGAGGCCUUCAUGAAGCACAACACGUCCAGACAGAARGAUCACUGUCUGUCCAACUUCGACCUGGCUGAGUACAGACAAGUCAUCAGUGACCUGGCCAUUCAGAUCUACCAGCAGCUGGUCAAAUGCAUGGAGAACAUCCUGCAGCCCAUGAUAGUGUCCGGCAUGUUGGAGCAUGAGACCAUCCAGGGCGUGUCGGGGGUGAAGCCCACAGGCCUUCGUAAACGCACGUCCAGCAUCGCCGAUGAAGGCACCUACACCCUGGACUCCAUCCUGCGGCAGCUCAGCGCCUUCCACUCCACCAUGUGUCAGCACGGCACCGACCCUGAGCUCAUCAAGCAGGUGGUGAAGCAGCUGUUCUACAUCAUUGGAGCCGUCACGCUCAACAACCUGCUGCUGCGCAAAGACAUGUGCUCCUGGAGCAAAGGCGUGCAGAUCAUGUACAACGUGAGCCAGCUGGAGGAGUGGCUUCGAGACAAAGGACUGAUGAAUUGUGGAGCCAAAGAGACGCUGGGGCCUCUGAUUCAGGCCGCUCAGCUGCUGCAGGUGAAGAAAAAGACCAACGAGGACGCAGAGGCCAUCUGCUCCAUGUGCCAGGCUCUCACCACUGCUCAGAUUGUAAAAGUCCUGAACCUGUACACUCCAGUCAACGAGUUUGAGGAGCGAGUAUCAGUUCCUUUCAUACGAUCCAUACAGGCUUGUUUGCGAGAUCGUUGCGAGAGUCCUCAGCUGUUGAUGGACACCAAGAUGAUCUAUCCGGUCACCUUCCCGUUCAGCCCCUCCUCCGUGGCCCUAGAAACCAUCCAGAUCCCCGGCUCACUCAACCUGGGCUUCCUCACCCGUGUCUAGCCGAUGAGGACCGCUCCAAGCUGGACUCACAAGUCACCUGAGAAAACAAAAACAACAACAACACAAAAACACUCCUGAAAACCAGACUUUGAGUCCAUUUGAACAAUCCGGUCCUGUACUGAUAUAUGCACACACAGUUACUGAACAAACUGCACUUCCUCUCARUCUAAAAGAGCCAAACAAAAAUCAGGCUUCACCCACAACAGCUGGUUUCAAUCUGUCUGUAAAUCUCCAGCCUCCGCCCACCGCUUGUAUAAACGCCUCUUAGAGAAGCCGCAGGACCCCGAUCAGUCAACUCCAUCCACCUCCAUGUUUCCAGUACUCUUUAAGGUAGCUGUGGCUAACUUCCACCAACAAAGAAAACGCUGUUAGAUGAGAUCAGGUCCUAAAAAAAAAGUUAUUUGGCUGGUGCAAACGUUAGCUCCGCCCCCUCCUUCCACACGGAGAAAACACCCAACACGUUCCACUCUUCAGAGCUCCGUGGGAACUCCCUGUCUGUACCAUAUUAUUUAUACACAACAAAUCUAUAUAAAUAGGAAUAAUAUAUAUCAUGUAUUUUAUUUAUUGUAUGUGUUGCCACCAUCUGAAGGAUGGGACCACCGCUUUCCAGCAGCAGCUCUGUUUUAGUUGCAGCGUUUCGUGUUYAUAUGAGGUCAGAGAUAUGAUUACUGCGAUUCAAACCUAAAGCGCUCGUGUUCAGAGUGUUUUUCUGUCCGAUGAAGUGGAGCGCAGAUUUAAAUCUUUACUGUUUACAGCUGUGACCAGAGCUGAGAGACUCAUUUACUCCUCCCACAACACUACACACACAUCACUCUUUUUAUUGUUAUUAUUAUUUUUAUUCUGGUCAAAGCCUUGAACAUUGUUUCAUCGUUAUCAUUAUUUAUUUCAGUAUUGUUUUUUUAUUAAGUUAUACAUAUCAUAAAGCCAUGUGUUAACAGAGCAGACUGAACAGAACAGUUUAAAGCUGGUUUAGCGCAAAUUGCCUCAACACACCUUUGUUUUUGUUUUUUUAAUGUCGUGAGCCGAUUCAGUCCUUCCUGUUUACGUUUCACAACGUGUGCUUUUACCAAAACCCAGCAAAUGAAAUGCUUUUAUUUUGGUUUGUGCUUUUUGCUUUCAGAGCUGCUGGUUUAAACGCAGCUGAACCCUAGAAGCAUGAGCUGCUUCCUUCGUUUUAACUUUGCAUGGAUUUGGCUUCGUCACAGGCCGGAGAAACCAGCCCGCAUGUUAUUAAAGACCUCGACUGAAGAGUUAAUCUGGUAAUCUGCCCGCUUUGACACGUCUUCAGAAAAAAAAGAUGGAUUUCUUUCCUCCUUUUUGUGCCGUCGGUGUUAAAUUCAACCAAGUUUGCCUUUUUGUUUUUUUUWAUUUGAACUUUGCCCAGUUUACAGUGAUAUGUGACCCAUCAUAUUAAACUGAYGAUUUAGUCAAAAUGACUUCAGCAAAAUAUUCAGAUGAUCCUGAUAAGGACUUAAUAAAACACUUAAUAUCUCUGGAACCGCUCUGCMGUUCCAGAGAUAUUAAGUGUUUUAUUAAGUGAUUUCUCUUCCUCAUCWGGAUAACCCACUGAUAUUUGCUCUAAAUACUAUUUAUUACUUUAAUGAAGAGUUUUUGAUGUGAUUUUAAGGCGGAAACCUCCAACAUAUAUUAAGAUAUUCAAGCUGGAAAGAAAAAGCGUUUUGCUAGCUCGCAGGAAAAUGACAAAAAAUUAAGGCUUUUCAGCUCAAAAUCUUUUUUUUUUUUUGUAGCUACGGCUCAAAAAAGGCCUUAAAACAUUAAGAUUAUGCUUCAUUUCAUUUAAAGUAUUUAUUUGACAAAACGCAAUUGUUGCAAAUGUUUUGGCAAAAACAUUAGAGCUCCUCUUUCUCCACUUUAAGACUUAAUGACACGGUUCGAUGUGACGGGUCACAUUUGUUAUCACCACUUUAAGGAAUAUUUCUCUGCGAGCUUUUCUUUCAUGAGUUUGUUCUUGAAAAAAUGAAGCACCUUUCAGCAAUAUGAGACUGAACAAUAUCAAUUUCAAAUGAAUUAACUCUCCAAGUCGAUUGUCCUCCAAGUUGUUUUUGGCACUUUAACGUCCACCCGCUCUAACUGGGACCACUUUUAUUUCUUUUAUUUCUUUGUUUAGAUGUCACGGCUUGUGUAACGAGGACAUAUCUGCUAGUUUUACUAAGAAGGAAUGAGUUAUUUUACCAUUUGAAUGUUGACGAUCACAGCUGCACAUUGUAGACAAAGCCUUAUCUGAAUGACUCACACCGUUAACUUUGUGGCAUUGUUUGUUCUGUCAGUGCAGUAUUUUUAAAUCCAUUAAAGUUUGUUUUUUUUUUUUUUUUCCUUUAUAAUGUGAUGAUUUUGUUUUGGAAAUGCAUCUUCCUGUCCUACAGCAGGCGUCACAGAUGGGCUGGACAGACGAUAAAUAACGGAUCGCUUCGAGCGGCUCUUUUUCUUCUCAUGGGCGAUCAAACGUUGAAAAAUGCCUCUGCUUCAUUUUUCUAUUUUCAGAGGAGAGAGUCAGCUGUAUGGUACGAAACGAACGUUAUAAAUGACCAUCAUCUUCAUCAGCACUAGAGUUAAAUAUGUCGUUUUAAAGAGAAUAGUUUAAGAAAAGAUAACGUAAGAAAUGUCAAACCCCCAGCUGUCGUGGUACCAGUGUGAAGCCAGUACCAUGUGUUUCCUCUCCUGUGUUCGCCACACAAACUGGAUUGUUUGUAGUUUCUGGUAGCUGUGCUUCGUGAAUGUGUUCACCAUUUAAAAAAUAAAAAAAGAGAAACUUGGAAUAAACUUUCAAACCUGUAAAAGUAAAAUAAAACCCUUCAGCACUGA